AUGGAGAACCAAGCCCAUACUACAGCAGGAGCUUCUCCUUGUGAAGCUGAGCUUCAGGAACUGAUGGAACAAAUCGACAUCAUGGUAAGCAACAAGAAGCUGGACUGGGAAAGGAAGAUGCGGGCUUUAGAGACACGGUUAGACCUUCGGGAUCAAGAGUUGGCCAACGCACAGACUUGCUUGGACCAGAAAGGCCAGGAGGUGGGGUUGCUUCGACAGAAGCUGGACAGUCUAGAAAAAUGUAAUCUAGUAAUGACUCAGAACUAUGAAGGACAGCUACAGACCCUAAAAGCUCAAUUUUCUAAGCUAACCAGUAACUUCGAAAAGUUGAGGUUACACCAAAUGAAGCAAAACCAAAUUCACCGAAAGGAAUCCUCCAGCAAAGAAGAACUGCCCUUUGAGCUGAGCAGUUUGAACCAGAAACUAGAGGAGUUCCGAGCAAAGUCGAGGGAGUGGGACAAGAAGGAGAUCCUCUAUCAGACCCACCUGGUGUCACUGGAUGCGCAGCAGAAGCUGCUCUCUGAAAAGUGCAGCCAGUUUCAGAAACAGGCACAAAAUUACCAAACUCAGCUAAACGGGAAAAAGCAAUGCCCAGAGGAGAGCAGCUCUGAGAUCCCUCGCCUGGUGUGUGAGUCGGAGCCUGGCUGUGAAGCCACUCAAAGAGAUGAGUUCAUUAUCGAAAAGUUAAAGUCGGCCGUGAGUGAAAUAGCGCUGAGCAGGAACAAGUUACAAGAUGAAAACCAGAAGCUCCUGCAAGAACUGAAGAUGUACCAGAGGCAAUGCCAGGCCAUGGAAGCAGGACUGUCAGAGGUGAAGAAUGAGUUACAAUCACGAGAUGAUCUCCUGAGAAUUAUAGAAAUGGAAAGACUGCAUUUGCAUAGAGAACUGCUGAAAAUGGGAGAAUUGCAGACUGCUCAAGAUAACAGGAAAAGAGCUGAGUCAUCAUAUCCCCCUUCUACUAAAGAAGCAGAAAGGAAAAGGAAGGAGUUGUUUUCAAUGGUCUCAGACCAACCCAAUCAUGAGAAGGAAUUAAACAAGGUCUCAGAUAGAAGAUACAAAGCUGUCAGAACAGAAAACACACACCUGAAGGGAAUGAUGGGCGAUUUAGACCCUGCACGGUACUUGGCUGUGGACUUAAGUAACAAGGAGCAUUCGCAGUACACAUCAAUUAACAAGCUUGAAUAUGAGAACGAAAGGCUCCGAAGCGAUCUCGCCAAGCUCCACGGCAAUGGAAAAGCAGUGUGUCCCAAUCAGAGCAGCUAUGGUGAAGCAGGGGCGAACGUCUACCAGCGCCAGCUGAAAAUGGAGACCAGUGGAGACAGAAUUAGCCAAGACUGUGAGCUGAAGAGAAGCCCGACACCCUUGUCGCCUUUGCCAUUUCAGACCAAAGAAAUAGCAAGUUCGUUGGCUGGUGACAAUGAAGUCCUCCCUCUGUCUCCACCAGAUAUAUCCUUCCGGGCUUCCCUAGCUGCACAGCACUUCCUGAUGGAGGAAGAGAGGCGGGCCAAGGAGCUUGAGAAGCUGCUCAACACACACAUCGAUGAGCUGCAGAGACACACCGAGUUCACGCUUAACAAAUACACCAAACUCAAGCAGAGUAGACACAUAUGAGCUUUGCACCUUUUCUGUUUGCUUCUUCUCCAUGAGAAAAAGAAAAGCUUCCGAGAAACACUUGCAAAGCUGACUCAUAAAACCGAGAAAUCUGGUUUAGUCUCCACAAGUAAAUCGCUUCUGUAAGGCAGCUAGAAAAUAGCAUUGUUCCAUAAAGCUGAUUCUGUUUCUGCAGUUCACAUACUAAUUGUUCUGUUAGGAUAGCAUAAACAUGCACAGCCCCAAAGGGUUUCUUUCCUGUCUAAGGAAUGGCUUGGGAUUAUAACUGAAUUA